UCAUUAUCGUACGGCUUUCUGAACAGUUCACAUCAAUUUAUUCUAAACUUGCUUUGUAAAAUAUUAAAAAUUGGUUGUGCUACUUUACACCAACAAAAAACCCAACAUUUAAAGAAGUGGUAAUUUUUCGAAAGACAAGAUGCUCUUAGUGCAAGUAUUAUCAAGUUUUGAAAAUAGUCGAGAUGAGCCUUUGGACCAGCCAAUCUUGUUUGAGAUCGAGGAUAACGCAAACAUUCUGCAUCUGUGCCAAAAGCUGGAGCCUAUAACGGCGAUACCCCUGUACGAGAUUAAAAUCGAAAAAUUAGGCAAGGGAAUAGACAAUAACGAAUUGAUUUCUGAUGUUUUGGAUGUGGGGACUUCUGAAGAUUUGGGAACGGACGCUGAACUCUCUGUCCUACACGGCAGCUCAUUUGUGGCGAAGAUAAAAUUCUACAAACAAGCACAUAAAAACGGAGAACCGCUCAGCCACGAAUACUACGGGCUUCCGCAAGAGAUGAUCAAGCGCAAUGGUACUCUUCUCACAGGACGAUCGGCUCAAGUCGCGGAUCCUGAGCCGAUCUCUAGCUUUGAAGAGGAGGAGCCGACCUGUUGCGAGAUCAGAUCAGCGAAUUUGCUAUAAAGAAGUGUAAUUGUAACUGCUUAGCUUAAAAAACCCCUUGCCUCUCCUGCUUUUCCUGAUGGUGCUCCCAGCUGUAAUGUAGUCAAAUCGAUGUCGUCAAUGUAGCCAAAGAUCUACUCCUGAUGGUUCCAGUUGGAUAUCAUGUUCCGCUCGAAAGGGCUUUUCAGAUAGCAUGCACUGCCUCAAUGUUAGGGAUGUCGUUGCCCACCUGGACUUCGGCCGCCGCCUUGCCAUCUUUGCGGAAAAGCAGCUCCAGGUCUUUCAAGGCGCUCCAGCCCAAGCGCCACUCGUUAUCAAUAACCAGAAUGCAGUUUAAUUCAGAAGAUUUGAUCCAAAAAAAUGAACGUCUAGCUUGGAAACUCCCAAGCCUCGCCUGCUUUUACUGAUGGUGCCCCAGCUGAAGAGAUCAUCAAUGCGUAGUCAAAUCAAUGUCGUCAAUCUAGUCAAAGAUCCACUCCUGAUGAUUCCAGUUGGAUAUCAUGUUUCGCUCGAAAAGGUUCUUCAGAUGGCACGCACUGCCUCGAUGUUGGGGAUGUCAAUGCCCACCUGGACUUCGGCCGGUGCCUUCACAGCCGCUCCAGCCCACGAGCCACUCGUUGUCGAUCACCAGAAUGCAGCUUAACUCGGGAGUUUUCAUAAAAAAAGAAGCCAAUCUGAUGAUGUAGAACGCCAUGUCUUUCUAUUUGUUCGAAAUUUGUUUGUGGCCUGUCUAUAAUGUUAGUUUCCGUACGGCUUUCGGAACAGUUCACAUCAAUUUUUUAAAAUA